AAUGAUAAAAACAAGUGCAAAAGAAUGCUGUUGCUCUCCACCUUGCAUCUCAAGUCUCAACCCAGCCGGUUUGAAUAGAAGCAGAGGGAGGCAGAAAGAAAGAGAGUUUGUCUUCAUUUUUAUGAUGGAACCCACCGGCAAGGCGGUGGUUGUGAUAACCGGCUGUUCAAGCGGCGGCAUAGGGCACGCCAUGGCUCGUGAGUUCGCCGCCAAGAACUGCUUGGUGGUGCCAACGGCUCGAUCCCACGCUGCAAUGCGGGAUUUUGAGAAUGACCCUCGGUUCUACCCUCAUGAACUCGACGUUCUGUCCGACCAGUCUGUGACGCGUCUUAUCUCCGGCGUUCUUCGGAAGUUCGGCCGGAUCGAUGUUCUCGUGAACAACGCCGGAGUGCUCAGCAUUGGACCGCUGGCUGAGAUCCCUUUAUCCACCAUUCAGCACACCUUCGACACCAAUGUGUUUGGGACGAUGAGGUUAGUUCAAGCUGUGGUUCCUCACAUGGCAUCCAGGAAAGAGGGAAAGAUUGUUAAUGUAGGCAGUUGUAUUGCUUUAGUUUCUGGAGCAUGGGCUGGUGCUUAUAGCUCAUCCAAAGCUGCUCUACAUUCUUUAACAGAUACCUUGAGACUGGAACUACGGCCUUUGGGGAUUGAUGUGAUCAAUGUGGUUCCUGGAGCAAUUAAGUCAAAUGUAGGAAACUCAGCACUUGCGAGGUAUGAUGAUCAGAUGCCAGAAUGGAAGUUUUACAAAAGAUUUGAAGCGGCAAUUAGAGGAAGAGCCCUCCUCUCCCAGGUACCAUGGGCGACCUCUACUGAAGAGUUUGCAAAACGGACUGUGACAGUGGUGCUUAAAAAGAACCCCCCAGCUUGGUUCUCAACCGGUCACUAUUCAACAAUUUCAGCAAUCCUCUAUCACUUGCCAUUGUUCAUCAAAGACUUCAUUCUCCGCAAAAAAAUGAUGAGUUGAAAUCUACAUUAGAGUUUCUGAAAUCGGGAACCCUCCUUUUCUAAAGAUUUGUGCAUCAUAGGUUGAAUUUCAAGAUUGGGGUGGGUUGGAGGAGCUGGGCUAUAUCCUCCAAUCCAAAUUUGGAAAAACAAGUCUGCGUGAGAUUUUUACUAAAGAGAUUUAAAUGCAAGAAUU